GAACACUGAACUAAACCGAACUUCGAUUCGGCUCGGUACACUGCCACCAAGACUGCCAGCCAUUGUUCCUCACUCUAUUCCCACCGCCAAAACCUCCACGCACCUCCCCAACCACCGACAUUGCGGUCUCCCAUUUGUUGCAUUUUCUCAGCUGUCUCGCUCUUUCCCAAAGCCAUUUCUCAGCUGGUUAUUAGCAAUUGUUUCCAGCUGAGCACGAUGAUGAUGUGCUAAAGGAUGCAUGCUGGUGUGGAUUAUAUAUCCCUUUUGUGUAUGUGUGUCAGUGUUUUUUUUUCUUUUUGCACAAUGUUAAUUCUUGAUGGGCGGCAGGGUGUUCGGACAAUUUGUGUGAUGGGUGUGUUUUAAAGUGAUUAGUAAAAGGAGGUCAACAGAGCAAGUUGACUAUGGAAAAAGAGAUCCAACGGUCCAUAUCCCUGCGGAUAAGCCGAAGAGGAGACAAAAGUAAUCCAACAUCACAUUCUAAAGAUGGUGAAGGUGGUCUCUUUUCAUCAGCGAAGUUUUCCAAUGAUUAUCCAAUGAAAAUAAUGUGGAAGCGUGGUUUUAUUCGUUUGGUUCUUGUAGCGGGUAUUCUGUGGAUGUUGUUGAUUCUAGUUGUACUAUUAUUUCAUGUUUGGUCUUGCCAAUCUUCUUAUGCAUUGUUUUCAGCUAUCUGUAAUAAAGACAGCAAGGUGUAUAAUGUUUUAAACACAUGGGGACUUGUUGCACAACAUCGUUGUCCAAUCCCUGUAGCCAAUAAUCCUAACGAAAUAGUUAUUCCAGAAGGAGGAACUCCUGAUAAAAUUGUUAAAAAUUUAUCAUAUUUUAUGGAGGAUGAACUAGUGAAUAAUGGAUCUCAGCCAUCCUCAUUAUUUGGAGGACAUCAAAGUUGGUCUCAAAGAAAGGAGAGUUUCAAAUUAAACUCUUCUAUGAAGGUUCAUUGUGGAUUUAUGCACGGUGGUGGUGCUGAAAUGGAUCCCAUGGACAUCAAAUAUGUCAAUAAGUGUAGGUUUGUGGUUGCAUCUGGAAUCUUUGAUGGAUAUGAUAUGCCUCAUCAGCCUUCAAAUAUAAGUGACCGUUCUAAGAAACUGUUUUGCUUUCUUAUGGUGGUGGAUGAGGUUUCUCUUGAUUUCAUAAAGGAAAAUGCCACUGUAGUGGAGGACAGUAGUGGGGGACUAUGGGUCGGCAUAUGGCGUCUUAUUCUACUGAAGCAUCCACCUUAUAACGAGCCUAGAAGGAAUGGUAAAGUUCCCAAGAUUUUAACCCACAGGUUAUUUCCUCAAGCACAGUACAGCAUUUGGAUUGAUGGUAAAAUGGAGCUGAUAGUUGAUCCGUUGUUAAUUCUUGAAAGAUACUUAUGGCGUGGAAAGAAUACCUUUGCCAUUGCUCAACACAAACACCAUCGCAGUAUAUAUGAGGAGGCUGAUGCAAACAAGCGGAGGAAGCGAUAUGCACGACCCCUUAUUGAUCUUCACAUGAAAAUAUACCGAUAUGAGGGAAUGGAGCCAUGGAGUUUGAAGAAAAUCACCAUUAGUGAUGUGCCAGAGGGAGCUAUUAUUAUAAGGGAACAUACAGCACUAAAUAACUUGUUUAGCUGCUUGUGGUUCAAUGAGGUCAACCUCUUCACUCCGAGAGAUCAGUUGAGUUUUGGCUAUGUUGUGUACAGAUUAGGAGGUGCGUUCAAGUUCUUUAUGUUUCCAAAUUGUGAGUACAACUCGCUGUUUGUGCUGCAUCCACACACGAGAGAGCAUUCAUCAAAGGUAGAAUGGGUAAAAAGUUUAAGCGAGUUUAAGGGGACUGGUAGCAGUAUGAAAGAGAGCAGAGGUGGAUUAGGACUAUGGACUCCAUAUCCUGGAGACCUUGAUUCGGUUGUCUUGCCACCGGUUGUAAGAACAUCCAAAGCAGGCUGAGUUGAACCUUAUUUUGCUAAUACCUUGUGAACUUACGAAAUGAUUAUUUAAUAACUUAAUCUAUCACGUCUUUGAUUAGAUAGAGACCUUUGAAAGUUCUGUACAUUAUUUGGUAGUGCUGAUAACCUUCGGGAAUGUAUAAAUUUUUGGAGGAAUUAGUGUUACGAGUUCAUUAUUAA